AUGAGAUACCUUUCUUCCAUUAUCUCAUGCUUAAGCCUUACCCUAGGCGCUCGCGCUUCCCACCCUGUGGGCACCUACGCUUGCAGAGCGUCCGCUACAUCUGGCGGUACUCUGGUAUUCGCUAAUGACCAGCAGACUGUUCACAUAAGCGUAAUUGACGGUGAGUGCGGCGCUUCUGCUGACGUCCCUUAUACUGUGACGCCUAUUCACGGUUCUGACGAGUUUCGGGUGGUACCUGAUUACAGCUCGACCAACUUCAAGACAGCCAUCAGUAGCUGCAGAUCUACUGCUCUCCAUGCUGACUCCUUCAACACAUUCCGGGUGGAGUCGAGAGAUGGUGUUCUAAUGAGCCAUAUCACUGUUAACGUUGGUAGCGGGUCAGCAUGGGAAUACUGGUUAAGUAGCCGCCCCGCCCCCACGCAACCAGCAACUACACAAGCUCCUCCCACUACGGUGCAGCCCACCCCAGCAAUUCCUGAGAGCCAUCCUAUCGGCGCUUACGGUUGCAGGGGAUCGAACCAGUACGGUGGUCGUCUAGAUUUCGACGAAGAUAAACAGGUGCUUCGCAUCAGUGCCACGGUCGGGUCCUGUGGUGUUUCGGCCUCUGACGUCCCCUAUACCAUAACUCCCAUCCCCGGUUCUAACUACGAGUAUUGGGUCAAGCCUGACUAUAGCUCUACUGAUUUUAAAGUACGCCUCACUGCCUGCCGAGAUUCGUCUAUUAAUGCCGACUUCUUCGACAGUCUACACGUCAAAUCCAACAAGGGUGUUCUCAUGAGCGACAUCACUAUCAGUGGCGGUGUAAGGGGGUCUUCGUGGAACUGCUGGUUAGCCAUUGGUCCCACUCGUCCCGUGCCAGGCCUAACUACGAGGUCUCCGCCGGUCCGAACUACCACUACGUAUGCGCCACCAAUAAGCCACCCCGUGGGAAGCUUUUAUACUUCCAUGAGUGAUGAGUCGGGCGGAUCUCUGAUAUUCCAUCAACAGCAGCAAACUCUUUCCAUUUCUAUCCGGCUGGAUAUCUGCGUCGCGACUGCCUAUAACGUUCCCUAUCACGUUACUCCGAUCCCUGGCUCUAAUGGCCAACUCUGGAUCGUCCCCGACUACAGCUCCACGAACUUCGCGACGAAGCUUGACAGCUGUAAUGACGCGAUUGUGAGAAGUGUCCAAUUCCGACGUCUCCGUGCAUCUUCGGAAGGCGGCUCGAUGAAUGAGGUGACGGCUUCUAUGGUUGGUGGUGAAGACUGGGUUUUUGGUCUUGCUGGUGGUCCCCCUCAACCCCCGGCCUACCCGACUCGAUCUCCGGCUACUCCAGCCCAUGAGGCCCACCCUGUAGGGACCUACGAGAGUAGCGAACGUUCAGACUCUGUUAGCACUAUCGAGUUCUACGAGAACCUGUUUCUGAUGAGUUUGACUAUCAAGCUCGGUAGCUGCACUGCUUCUGUUCGGAACGUUCCCUAUUACAUUGGCCCUCUUCGCAAUCAUGAGGGACACGACCUCGACGAUGAGCUCUUCGUGGUACCCGACUUCAGCGGAACAGAUUUCACGACACAGGUGGACAACUGUCGCGACUCUAUUAUCAACGGCAGCGCAUUUGCACAUCUGUUCGUUUCCUCGGAGCAAGGCGUUCCCAUGAGCGAGAUUUCCACCUACGGGACAACCGAUUGGGAGUUCCAGCUCCGUGGUAUUCCCACUCGGCCGCCGCCGACAACACCUACAACUCCCCUUCCUACUACCCCAACUCCUACAGUCCCGACUAAGCCUCAUCCAUCGGGCCUGUAUAAAGAUGACAGUAGAGAAGGCUCAAGCGUUUUGGUAUUCCUUCAAAACCCCGGAAACUUCACCAUGGAUAUCACACUCGGUGGUUGCCGUCUAUAUUACGAAGAUGUUCCGUACGAGAUGGUUGAGGAGAAUGGUGCCUCUUGGGUGAAGCCUGAUUAUAGCUCCACUUCUCUGGCUUAUGCUCUGAGUAACUGCAGGUUCGACGCCAACUCGAGAUACGAGCUAAAUGAUCUGGAGAAUAUCGAGUUCCACGAUGCGCAAGAUCCGAACGACCAGACGUUAGUAGUUUACAGAAUGCUAGAGACCUAUGGGAAGGCACUGAGGACGGUCUUCAGGAACCAGUAG